AUGAAGACGACCGGCCUUCCCCAUCACCAUCUAUCUUCCAAAUUACUAGGAUCGCACUCUGUUAACCUAAUCAUGGAGUUGUGCGCCGGCGAUGAGCUAUUUGAUCGGAUUAUAGCUAAGGGACAUUAUUCAGAGCGUGCGGCAGCUGGACUCUGCCGGCAGAUGGCACAAUUUUCACAAAUGAGGCCUGUUGCAAUGGCAAACUCAAUGGGCCCACGUAUGCCCAUGUAUCCCUCCCGUGGUCCAGGCGGGUUUUUGUUACCAACAACAGUUGGUCCCUGGAAGGAGGCCAGGUGGGCCCCAAUGUCAAACUCUUUCUCUCCUGUUGCUGCCCAACAAGGUCAACAAGGUCAACGCCUUGGUGGCACUGGCAGGCGUGGUGCUGGUGCAGGGUUGAUGAAAGCGAAUAGCUCUGAGUUAGAAGAGGAAAAGAAAGCUCAAGCUGAAAGAGAUAAGAUGCUGCAAAUGCAAGUGUUGCAUUCUUCAUUUCAAUUGUUAGUAUGA